AGGGGCUUGCGUGAGUUUCAGAUUGGGUCUUCUUGGAAAUCACCUGUCUGUCAUUAAUUUUAAACAAUCUCCCCUCCUGCAAAGAACCUUUCCUGGUUGCAGUUUGGGCUGUGGUUCAUGAUAACCAAGUGAGGAGGAUUUCUGGGGCAGACUCGGCCGAAUCAGGACUGUAGGUCUCAGACACGGAAUGGCUAGCUUGAGAAACAUCAAUGACAAGACCAUCUCAGAUCUCGGUUAUGGCAACUCAUGCAAGAAGCUAUUGAAUUAGACCCAUUUCCUAUAGAUGACAAGCCACACAAGCAGUGGUAUUUAUGAGCCUCCAUUUCUUACACUACUGCAGUGAACCGACCUUGGAUGUGAAAAUUGCCUUUUGUCAGGUGUGUGUUCCUUGCAGGUAAAACAAGGGAUUCGAUAAACAAGUGGAUGUGUCAUAUAUUGCCAAACAUUACAACAUGAGCAAAAGCAAAGUGGACAACCAGUUCUACAGUGUGGAAGUGGGAGACUCGACCUUCACGGUCCUCAAGCGCUACCAGAAUCUAAAGCCUAUCGGUUCGGGGGCUCAGGGGAUAGUGUGUGCUGCCUAUGAUGCCGUCCUGGACAGAAAUGUGGCCAUUAAGAAACUCAGCAGACCCUUUCAGAACCAAACACAUGCCAAGAGAGCCUACCGGGAGCUAGUCCUCAUGAAGUGUGUGAACCACAAAAACAUUAUUAGCUUAUUAAAUGUCUUCACACCCCAGAAAACGCUGGAGGAGUUCCAGGAUGUUUACUUAGUAAUGGAACUGAUGGAUGCCAACCUGUGUCAGGUGAUUCAGAUGGAGCUGGACCAUGAACGGAUGUCUUACCUGCUGUACCAGAUGUUGUGUGGCAUCAAACAUCUGCACUCCGCUGGAAUUAUUCACAGGGACUUAAAGCCAAGUAACAUUGUAGUCAAGUCUGAUUGCACACUGAAAAUCCUGGACUUCGGGCUGGCCAGGACAGCGGGCACCAGCUUCAUGAUGACGCCAUAUGUGGUGACCCGUUACUACAGAGCCCCCGAGGUCAUCCUGGGAAUGGGCUACAAGGAGAACGUGGAUAUAUGGUCUGUGGGAUGCAUUAUGGGAGAAAUGGUUCGCCACAAAAUCCUCUUUCCGGGAAGGGACUACAUUGACCAGUGGAACAAAGUAAUUGAGCAACUGGGAACCCCAUGUCCAGAAUUCAUGAAGAAACUGCAGCCCACAGUAAGAAACUAUGUGGAGAAUCGGCCCAAGUAUGCUGGGCUCACCUUCCCCAAGCUCUUCCCCGACUCCCUCUUCCCAGCGGACUCUGAGCACAAUAAACUCAAAGCCAGCCAAGCCAGAGACUUGUUGUCAAAGAUGCUAGUGAUUGACCCAGCCAAAAGGAUCUCGGUGGACGACGCCUUGCAGCACCCCUACAUCAACGUCUGGUACGACCCUGCCGAGGUGGAGGCGCCUCCACCUCAGAUUUAUGACAAACAGCUGGAUGAAAGAGAACACACCAUUGAAGAAUGGAAAGAACUUAUUUACAAGGAAGUAAUGAAUUCAGAAGAAAAGACUAAAAACGGCGUAGUGAAAGGACAGCCUUCCCCUUCAGGUGCAGCAGUGAACAGCAGUGAGAGCCUCCCCCCAUCCUCGUCUGUCAAUGACAUCUCCUCCAUGUCCACGGACCAGACUCUGGCGUCUGACACUGACAGCAGCUUGGAAGCCUCAGCGGGACCCCUGGGUUGUUGCAGGUGACUAGCCGCCUGCUUGCGGAACCCAGCGUUCUUCAGGAGCUGAGGGGAUGGAACACACACACACCCGCACACACGCGCACACACACACACAGACAUGCUCGCAUGUAGACACACACGCUGAAGAAUCAACAGGGGAGAGAAUCCAAGCCUCCAAGGGAAGCCAAUCUUUUAGCCUGCUUCUUCUCCAAAGUUCUGUAUCGUAGCUGAGCUCCAAUGUAUAUUUAACUUCUAGUUGCUCUUGCUUUGGUCUCUUUCCACCAAUGCUUACCACAGAGAGCAAAUCGAACACAAAUUAGAGAAACCUUUCCCGUAAAGUGUAUUUCCAAUGGCUGCGAAACCAGCAACCUGUACUGCCCUUCCCUUCUGAAUGGCAUGACAAGGUGUGCAGUGGCCCCAUCCAGCAUGUGUGUGUCUCUAUCUCGCAUCUGCCUGCUCCUCUGGCCUAGUCAGAUGGAUGUAGAUACAGAUCCGCAUGUGUCUGUACUUGGACAGCUCGGCAGAGAGCUGCUCCGUUGGUGUCCUCAGGGCUCCCCACGGCAUCACGCGCUGGGGUCCCACACAGUCCAUUUCUCUCGAUCUAUUACUCUGACAUAAAACCAUCUGUACUAUAUUGCCAGUAUAUAAGCUGUUUAGUUUGUUAAUUGAUUUAAGCUAUAUGUCUUACAAGAAAACAUGUAAAGGGGGAAACGCGGGAGGGGGGAGUGAGCUCUCAGACCCUGAAGAUGUAGCGUCCCGAUUUGAACUGAUUAAAUGGCACCUGUGCACCAAUUUGUAGAAGGAACAUAUGUGAUGCUUAUGGGCAGUGUGUGGGGGCACGGUAGCUUUCAGGUACCAAAUGGCUCAGACUUAGGACGAAAGUGUGAAUAUUAGCCAGUGGUGAACAGGCAACAGGAACUGGAGGGUGCCUUGCGGUGUGGACUAAUAACAGUGGAGAUGAUUGUCCAGAGGCCAGGAGAACCAGACAUCUGUAUUUUAAGGAGCAGAGCCCAUUUGUCAUUUCUGAAUCCCAUGUCACAGCAGGAGGCUACUGGAGAGAGUGCUGGUGAGGCAGGGUCGCUGUGUCACAUUUCACAGCGAAAAGCAUUAACAUAGUUCCUAGCAGAAGCCUGUCUAGGGCAGUUUGUGAUUCAGAUGGUGGGCUGUGUUUUCUAGGGUGGGCUGCUUCUUGGGCUCAUGCCCUGCCAAGGUUUUAUUCUGAGAGGAAACAGUGUUGUCGUCUUCCAGAAUAAAAUAAAAUUAAUUAAUUUAGAUAAAGCCCCCAAAGCACAGAGUGAUCCACAAGGUAGCAUGUUGAAAACAUCUCCAAAGACACCGUCUUUCCUCAAGAGAGGCCCUGACUCCUUAGUAUGACUGCUGCUUCAUGCUUACCUUUUUAUGUUAUGAAGUUGAACAGUGUAAGAAGGGCUGAUAGGCUGAAUAUUGUACUGCAGUAGACGUGAGAGCAAUAACAUCCAUGACUGCUGCGAAACCACAUUAGCAAUAUGAGUUUGUCUUAAAGCCAUGAAGCUUUCCUGUCAGUGUUUGGCAAAAUCACCUGACUUUAUUUUAAAUCAAAUCCAAGCGCUUUCUGGGCACUCUGGGAGGGUCUGUGGACUGUGGAGGUCACUGGACAGAGUCAUCCCAGAAGGCUGCUUAGCAAUAAUCUCACCAGGCUAGGCUUUCCUUCUCGGUCACUCGGGGAAAGUGUCCGGCACUCUGGCCACCCUGGUGCUCACCAGUGUGUGGUAUUUCACCUGAGGAAUAACUAAAACACAUAGAAGAAAUGGUGGUGAGUGUGAUCUGACCGGCACCUGGGAGCCCUUCAGAAAUAGAGCAAACAGGGACACCGGUACUCUAAAAACUGCCUUAAAUCCAGCAGCAGGGAUGCUCCAUCUCUUUUGAAGCAAUAGAACUGUACCUGUUCCCACCACUGCCGAGCAGCCACUCAGGGGAUUGCUUCCCAUGGUAGGGUUCCUUGCAAAAGGUAACUUGUUUAAAAUGCAGAGAACACCAGAUUGUGCAGAUUGUCCCCUGGAAUAAAAAUAUCCCACUCUA